AUGAAGUUGCUAAGUUGGAUGCGAACAAUAAAGCAAAAUGGCUUAUUAUACCCAUCAAAGGAGUUUAAAGGUGAUAUAUGUUGUCUGAGAGCUCAAGUGUCCUCUGAAGUCCAAGACAUCCGUACAAACUCCUUCUCCUUCUCCUUCUCCGGACAAUCUCACGACUUGAAUCCACAGGAAACUGAUGAGGAACUCCGGUUUGAUGAAGACACAUUCAGCGGAUUUCUGGCGAUCGGGACGCUCGGUAGAGAUCCUGAAACACCGAAAUUCGCAGCUUCGGUCGCAGAAGAAGAUGUAACGGGAGCACAGAAAGAGAUGGCAAAGCUCAUCACUGAGAAACUAGACAAGUUUCUUGAGGAAUCUCCUGAGGAUUGUAGCAUUCAGCUGGUAGAGAGAUCGAGUGGAGAAGGAGAUAGAGAAAGAGAUGUAUGUUUUCUACAAGGUUAUGAUCUCUUUCAAUCAUCGACUGAGCUUGCAAAGAGAAGCAAUGAAGCAAAGAAGAACAAGAGUGUACUUGCAAGACUCUUCAAGAGGAGAAAGAGAGUAGAAGGAGAGUGUAACUCCAUGGAGAAACAUGGAACAAGAGAUUUGAUUAAAAAGGUUUUCGAAAAGCUUCAUGGGUCUUCUUCAAAGAUAAGAAAUUACGACGAUGAUGUUGAUGAUGAUUCUAUGCCUAAGAAGAAAGAUCUCAGAAAGAGUGCUCAAAUCUUCCGAAGGAAAGUCCACCCUGUUCUCUAUACACCUGCAGCAGACGAUGACAAUAUAGAUGACAGAAGAAGCUGCAUCAACCGCUGCGAUCUCAAUGUCCCAAGUUCGAUCUCGGAAGCGAACAGGAACAUAGAAAACUGGAUCAAGACUGACGCAGAGUAUCUUGUUUUGGAACUGUGA